CCCAGCGCCGCACGCCGCAGCCGCGCCGGCCUCUCCGCGCUCUUGCUUGUUUACAAAAACGACUCGCGUAGUACGCAGUUUUCGUUCGGUGCUACGAAGAUAUUCGGUGACGAUGACUUUGGGUGUGAUACUACUCGUGAUAUUGAUUUCGCUCCUACUUUUACUGACGGCUUUUCACUACGCCACGAGUGGGAGAAAAUAUUGGCUGAACAGGCGGGUGCCCUACAAGGAACCGUGCCCCAUCUUCGGAAAUUUUGGCGCGACGUUCAUCAUGAGGAGGAGCUACACCAGAAUGCUCCAAAUAUUCUACGACUCGUUUCGAGAUGAAAAGUACGUCGGCAUAUACCAGGCCCGAAGACCGGCCCUGAUGCUGAUAGACCUCGAGCUGGUCAAGACUAUAAUGUCGAGCGAAUUCCCGUCCUUCGGCGAUAGAAUAUCGGUGUCCACGGACACCAAGCGCGAACCUCUGCUGCGGAACUUGGCGAACAUGAGCGGGGCGGAGUGGAAAACGAUGCGGCACAUCGUGACGCCCACCUUCUCCUCGGCCAAGAUGAAGGCCAUGUUCCCUCUGAUCGCGGAGUGCACGAAGAGUCUUAAGAAUGCUCUGGACAGGGAGAACGGCGAGGAUAUCGACGUCCCGAAGCUCAUGACGAGAUACACCACCGACGUUCUCGGAAGCUGCGCCUUCGGAGUCGACCCCGGCUCCCUGAAGGACGAGCGGUCGCCGUUCCUCAUCAUGUCCCAGAAGAUGUUCAAAACGGACCGCGCGACCAUCCUGAAGCGGUACUGUCGCGCGUUCUUUCCCAGGCUGUUCAAACUCCUUAACCUCAAAACCUACAGCCCGGAGGUGGAAUACUUCUUCAGCACGACCAUUAAGCAGGUGCUAGACGAGAGGCGCAGCACCGGCAAGGAGAGGAGCGACUUCCUCCAACUCAUGCUCAACGUGCAGAAGAACGAGAACGGAUUCGCCAUGACGGACGAGCUGAUAGUAUCGAACUCCUUCAUAUUCAUGCUGGCCGGGCUCGAGACAACGGCGACGACGAUGUCGUUCUGCCUGUACCAUCUGGCGAAGGACCAGGAGUUGCAGGAGCGUAUCAGGUCAGAAGUGAAGGAGUGCUUGGAGAGAUACAACGGAAUGACCUACGAGGCGGUGUGCGCGAUGCGUCUGGUCAUCGCGGUGUUCUAUGAGACCCUCCGCAUGCAUCCCCCGACUCCGCUCACCACGCGGCUCUGCACAGCACCCUGCACCAUCCCCGGAACAGAGUUGAGCGCUAAACCCAGGGACGCGUAUUUAAUACCCAUACACUGCAUACAGAAGGAUGCCACGUAUUUCCCGGACCCCGAUAAGUUCGAUCCGGAAAGAUUCUCCGAUGAUCUAAAUCAGAAUGGAUUCUUAGCGUUCGGCGAGGGACCUAGGAGUUGUCCAGGGGCUCGGUUCGCUCAGCUGAUGUUCACAGCGGGUCUGGCGACUAUUCUCCAGCACUACGCAGUGGAACCGUGCGAGAGAACCACCCCGACGAUCGAAUACGAUACCAGAAGCGUUAUGCUCAAAAACAAAGGUGGCAUCUGGCUUAAAUAUAGAGCUCAUAGCGAGUCUAAAUGAG